UCAUCGGUUCUCUCUUCUUCCUCCGUUCCCCAGUCCACACCACACGGCCGCCUCUUCCUCCUGUCUGAUCCGCUCCGCUCCCUCCCCGACGCGGCUCCGACGUGCUCGCCUGUCCGGUUGCAGAACCUUGGAAGUCAGCGCCUUCACUAGCUCUGCUUCCGCUCUGUCACCGCCAGAUCUCUCUUCUCCCGCAUCGCCGGCGGAGUUGCGUGCCGGAAGAGAAUCCAAAACAGCGCACGCGACCGUACUAGUGAAAUCCUUCAGAUAGGCAUCGAUGCGGCGUUUAAAAGAUAGGAAUUUCUGGAUUUACUUGCUAAUUGGAACUCUUCGGAUGCAAGCUUUUCCAGUUUAUGGACGAUUACUUUAGAUUAACAAAUGCUUUCUUCAAGGAGAUUCAGCUUUCUUUCUUCAUCAUGUUCAGCUCUUCGAUGCACACUGACAAAUACCUCUGGCUAUGGGUCGCCGGCUCGAUUAAGCGAUGAGUGCAAUAAGCAUUCGAUUUAUUGUUCUGAAAGAAAAAUGGAGGCCGCCGGAUUCAUGACUCGGGACAAUCCCUGUUUUAGAGCAUUCUGUACAGUGGCUGCUCCCCUAUUAGUUCAAGCUUGCGAUCCGUCUCGAGUAGCUUUGGAGCUAGAACAUGCAGUCGAUGAGCAAAGAUUUGAGGAUGCAUGGAUUGCAUAUGAGAAGCAUGUGCACAUGGUUGGUCUCCCUAGGAAAUCAGUCUUGAGCAAGCUUCUAGUUGGUUUUACUGAGAGCUGUAGUGUCCAUUGGUUAAACAAAGCAUAUAGUGUCGUCGAGGUGGCUUUUGCGGAAACUAAGCAUGAUCUAUUGGAGAAAGAUGUUCUUCUUUACCUCGCUUUCAUCCUUUCGAGAUCGCAACUGUCUAUCCUUGCAGCAAACAUUGUAAGAAAAUUGGUAAAGAUGGAAGCUUUCCCUCCUGUAACAGCUUGGUCAGGUAUCAUAGGCCACAUGAGCCAAACAUCGACUGGUGCAUUGCUUGCUUCUGAGUUAAUUAUGGAGAUUGGGUAUCUGUUCAAAGAUAACAGGGUUGAUCCUCGUAAAAAGAGCAACAGACCUUUGCUAGCUAUGAAGCCAAACACUAUUGCCUUUAAGAUCGUUUUAACCGGAUGCCUCCUUUUUGGAACUACUAGAAAAGCUGAGGAGCUUCUUGAACUAAUGCCACGGAUCGGUGUGAAGCCUAAUUCCAACUUACUGAUUGUCAUGGCUCAAAUAUAUGAGAAAAAUGGGCAUAGAGAUGAACUUAUAAAACUAAAGAGGCAUGUCGAUGAGGCCAUUGAUCUUAACAUUGUAGACUUUCAGCAGUUCUACAAUUGCUUGUUUUCCUGUCAUUUGAAGUUUAAGGAUUUAGAUGCAGCCGUCGACAUGGUCCUAGACAUGCUCAGAAAAGCUAAGGAAGCAAAGCAGUCUUUGGCUGCUGCAAGGUCAUUGUUGCAAACUGUUGAAGCUGGAAGUUCAAUUCCUUGUGAAAACCCUGGACUUGAGAAGUUGGAUAGUUUGGACAAGUUUGAAUUGAUUAAGCUCCAGGCGCCUCUUUAUUUUGAUUUCACCAAGGAUCGAAGAUGUUCAAGGCUUGAAGCUGAGGCCAAGGAAUCGCUUGAUUUGCUAACAGAAAAGUUGCAGGCUAAGGUUGAACUUGUUAAAUCUGAACGUGGCAUUCUUCAUCCAACUGAGAAAAUGUAUGCUAAACUCGUAAGUUCUUUCCUUGAAGCUGACAAAAUUAGCGAAUUGGCAUCUUUCCUAAUCAAAGCAAGCAAGGAAGAAGCUCCUGUUUCUGUUGAAAAAUCUGCUGUUGUUCAAGUAAUAAAUUAUUGUAUUUCUAUUGGUUUACUAGAACAGGCACAUGAUCUAUUGGAUGAGAUGAGAUUUUCUGGGAUUAGAGUCGGUUCUGCUGUUUAUUCUUCUCUGCUAAAAGCUUACUGUAAGGAUGAUCGACAUGCUGAAGCACUGGCACUCCUAAGAGAUGCCCGACAAGCAGGAAUCCAGCUUGACUCAAGCUGCUAUGAUACUCUUAUCCAAUCGCGGAUACAACAGAAUGACUCGAGUGGUGCUCUGCAUAUAUUUAAGGAGAUGAAAGAGUCCAACAUACCAAGACUGACUCAUGGGAGUUUUGAAACUUCAGUGGAUGGCUGUGCAGGGGGACAUGAAGCAGGUCUGAUGGCUAAGCUUUUAGAGGAAAUAGAGGACAGUCAGAAUGUCGAUGCUGGUAUUCACGAUUGGAACAACGUGAUUCAUUUUUUUUGCAAGAAAAGACUGAUGGGUGAUGCUCAAAAAGCUCUGAACAAGAUGAAAUCUUUAGGCCACAUGCCAAAUGCUCAGACUUACCAUUCUCUGGUUAUUGCGUAUGCUGCAAUAGGUGGGAAAUAUCAUGAAGUAACAGAUUUGUGGGGAGAAAUGAAAGUUCUUGCAAAUUCAAAGUCGAUGAAAUUUGACCAGGAGUUAUUAGACUCAUUACUGUAUUGUUUUGUCAGGGGUGGCUUUUUCCUUCGAGCCAUGGAAGUCAUCGAGAUGAUGGAGCUCGAUCAGAUGUUCAUAGACAAGUACAAGUAUAGGUCUCUUUGGUUGAAGUAUCAUAAGAUUUUGUAUAAGGGAAAGGCCCCAAAGGUGCAGACAGAAGCUCAGCUGAAAAGAAGGGAAGCAGCUUUGGCUUUCAAGAGAUGGAUUGCCAUAACAUAAGAUUACAAUGCCUGUUCCUGUUCAAAUGAUUUGUGCCUAAAAGUUUUUGUGUAAUCCUAUCGCAAAAUAAGUUUCUUCUUCAAGAUAAAAGACAACUAUGGAAUUGUUGCAUUCGCUAAGGAAGCAGUUUGUGUUA